GUUUUCAAUCCCGCUAAUCUCAUCGCUCUCUCCUCCUCAGCUGGCCAGGAUUGUGGCUGUUCUCCAGCAGCAGAGGCAACAGCAGGGUGUCGGAGGGGGCUCCAAACUGUCCCCCUCUCACAUGGGAGGGGGAGGCCCAAAACUGCCUAUGACAGACUCCCUGCCCCAUCCAGGCAUGGGGGGCUCUGUGGACCUGCACCAGAAAACACAGGGCUACUCUGGUGAGUGGUGUACACAUAGAUAUGAAUGGAGAUAAAGGAUAGAUCAUCUCUUUUGGUAUUUUAUUAGGAUCCCCAUUAGCUGUUGCAAAAGCUAAUGGGGUCCACACAAAACAUGAAACAUGACAACAUACAGAACAUUAAUAGACAACAGCUCAAGGAAAUAACUACAUAUUAUUACUUUUUUUACACAAGGCACACGUAGCCUACAUAUCAAUACAUAUACACAUUUUCAUUGCAUACUAACUGAUGCUCUGCAUGUAAUUGAGUCAUUGUACAGGCCACCUGCCAUCAGCUCUAACAACUGUCUUCCUCCCCCAACCCCUCUCAGGGUACGGUGGAGGA